UCAUGGCUGCCAGUAGUGACUUCUUCCGGGGAAUGUUCACCAGCGGGAUGAAGGAAUCCCAGCAGCCCUGUGUGGCCCUUCCCUUCCUGGAGGCUGCUGAGCUGGAGGCCAUGAUUGGCUGCUCCUACAGUGGGUCCCUCCCCCUCAGCUGGGGGCGUGUCUUUGAGAUGACCUGUACCGCCCUCCAGCUCCAGUUCCAGCCCGCCCUCUCGCUGUGCCUCAACUUCCUGGAACAGGAAAUCGAUGCUCACUCCUGCCUGGACGUGGCCUCCUUCGCUGAGGCUUAUGGGAUGCCGGAACUCCUCGAAGUGGCAAACAGUUUUGUCCUGAGACACUUCCAAAACGUGGCAGCCACCCCUAAAUUUCAAGACCUGCCAGCCAAGAAGCUUAGAAGAUAUCUGAAAAGCGAUUCCCUCUUUGUGUCCUCUGAGCUUGUCGUCUUCAAGGCUGUGGUGGCUUGGAUCGAGGCGUGUCCCAGCAAAAGGCUUAAACUCACCAAAGAGCUGAUGAAGAAAGUAUACUUUCCCCUCAUGAACGUCAAGGAGUUCAAUGAAGUUAAAACCACAAAACUGUGGUCUGAACGCAACACGGAAGGUCUCUACCUGACUAUACUGGAGGACUUUCACUCUCAUCACGUUGCACCUCGAACCCUGUGCAGGGUUUACUUGCCAAAGGACAGUCUAGUCUUGGUGGGUGGAGAUCAGAUCUCUGCCGACUUUAGCCGCCGAUCUCCCAGCCGAGAACUGUGGUUCGGAAACUCUCUGAGGAACUACACAGGCAUUGUAAAGAAUGUGGAAUGGAGGUUGCUUGGCGAGAUGCCAAAGCCACCAAGGCUAAGUCACGAGGUGGCGGUACUCACAGGGAAGUUGUACGUGGUCGGGGGACAGAGUUAUGAAGGCACACUUGACGUUUUCAACUCGACCUACAGAUAUGAUCCGCUUCAGAACCUCUGGGAGAGGUUGGCUGACUUGCAUAAGACAAGGUGCAACUUUUCCAUGGUUGUGCUGGACAGGAUGAUAUAUGCCAUUGGAGGGGACAUUGAUCCAGAAACUAACCUGGAUAGUGUGGAGCGCUACUGUCCAAACACAGAUACCUGGAGCUUUUCGCGACCCUUGGAUAUGACAUUGAGCUGCCAUGCUGCCACAAUGUUGGAUGGAAAGAUUUUCAUCUCAGGGGGGUUGGACUGCAGGCACCAGUGUCGAGUAUCUAUGUUUCUGUACCACCCUGAGAGAGGAACCACCUACCUGGCCGAGAUGAGCCAACCUCGAGCCCGUCACUGCAUGGAGACUUUAAACGGCAAUCUUUACGUGGCAGGAGGUGUCACUGUUGAUGAAAACAUGACGUCUAUCGACCAGCUGGCCUGUGAGGUCUAUGACUCGGUUAGUGACCUUUGGAGUGCUCUCACACCCCUGGCCGUCCCCCAUGUUGGAGCAGCCUCUGUGGUUCUGGAGGGGAUGCUCUAUGUGCUGGGAGGAUACUGCCAAGAGGACUACAGAGAGACCAGACUGGUUCAUCGUUAUGAUCCCACCAUCCAAUUUUGGGAGAAUAUGGGCGAGAUGCCAGGACCCAACACUGACAUACGAGCCUGUUUGCUGCACCUACCCAACCACUUAAGACAAUGACACAUCACUAUAAAUCCCAUAAGACUACACUACAUUUGUCAGGGAACAGAAACGGAACCGGGAAUGAAAGUGAGUCAUAGUGUUCUGGAACAGAACCGUUAUUUUAAACGCAUGGGGCUGGAUAUUAACGUUUUUUAUGUUCCGGGUAUUUUUUUCAAGUCCCACAAAAAUACGCAACAAAGCAUAUUUUGAAUCCUUGUACUGCUGUGAACACAGAAGCUUGUUACCUAGUGUAUGAAUUUUAUGAAUAAUUACUAAAUUAUGUUUACAUUUAACGUAGAACUAUAACUAACAGAAUUCUACCCUGUCUCUGUAUAAUGAUAAAUAAUGUUUGUCCUUUAGAAAGAGGGACUAUUAGCAGGCAAGGAACUGUGGCAGACAAAUUGUGAUUUACCAUCACCAAAUGGACAGGCUGAAAUCAACACCAACGAGCGAUGGAGAGGAACCACUAUCACUGCUAUGCCAUCCUGAGUUCAGCAAGCCAGACAAUUGGGCAUUUCAGCAGUAUAUUAGAGCAUGUCCAAUUCGUGAAGGUUAAAUGCCCAUUGUUAUACAUUGGAAAUGGACAGUUUACAUUUGUACAUUUCCAAUGUAUUUAAUGAGGAUUUGCCAUUACCAAAUGAACUUGCUUAAAUCAACACCAACGAGCGAGGGAGAGGAACCAGUAUCACUGCUAGGGCAUCUCGAGUUCAACAAGCCAGACAAUUGGGCAUUUCAGCAAUAUAUAACAGCAUGUCUAAUUCAUGAUGGUAAAUGCCCACUAAUGUAUUGCUAAUGGACAGUGUUCAAUACACAUAAUACAUUGCCAGUCUUAACAUGUUAUACUGCAGUUGGACAGUGUCCAUUGCUAAUAUAUAGCAAUUGGACAGUGUCCAUUACACAUAUGCUAUAUUACCAGUGUGAACAUUCUCUUCUGCAAGUUGACAGUGUCCAUUGCCAAUGUAUAUUCAUAAGGACUUCACAUUACGAAACGGACAUGCUGAAUCAACAUCAACGAGAAAUUCUGACUUCUUAUGACUUCGUAUGAUCAAACUUGACAAAUAGACCUUCUAGGUUGAUUCAGGGCUUAACUUCUUCGAUAUAGGGGGCGCUCUUUUAAUUUUGGGAUAAAAAAACGUUCCCAUUUUAAACAAGAUAUUUUGUCACGAAAAGAUGCUCGACUAUGCAUAUAAUUGACAGCUUUGGAAAGAAAACAAGAAGAUAUUAUCUGUGAGUGCCACAGAACUGAUGCUACAGGCGAAACCAAGAUGAAAUUUCAAACAGGAAAUGCCCCAGAUUUUGAAGGCGCUGUGUUCCAAUGUCUCCUUAUAUGGCUGUGAAUGCGCAAGGAAUGAGCCUACACUUUCUGUCGUUUCCCCAAGGUGUCUGCAGCAUUGUGACGUAUUUUCUAGGCAUAUCAUUGGAAGAUUGACCAUAAGAGACUACAUUUACCAGGUGCUCGCUUGGUGUCCUCCGUUGCAAUUAUUGCGUAAUCUCCAGCUGCGUGUAUUUUUCCAUUUGCUUCAGAGGAGAAACCCAACUGCCACGAAUGACUUAUCAUCGAAUAGAUAUGUGAAAAACACCUUGAGGAUUGAUUCUAAACAACGUUUGCCAUGUUUCUGUCGAUAUUAUGGAGUUCAUUUGGAAAAAAGUUUGGCGUUGUAAUGACUGAAUUUUCUGGUUUUUUUCUUGGCCAAACUUGAUGAACAAAACGGAGCGAUUUCUCCUACACAAAUAAUGAACAUUUGCUAUCUAACUGAGAGUCUCCUCAUUGAAAACAUCCGAAGUUCUUCAAAAGUAAAUUAUUUUAUUUGAAUGCUUUUCUUGUUUUUGUGAAAAUGUUGUAUCAAUACUCUUACACAAAUGCUUGUGUAGCUAUGGUUGAAAAGCAUAUUUUGAAAAUCUGAGAUGACAGUGUUGUUAAAACCUAUUAAUCCUACCCCCUACUUUUUCGAACAUUCUGUUAAAAAUCGCGCAACAUUUCAGCGUCCUGCUACUCAUGCCAGGAAUAUAGUAUAUGCAUAUGAUUAGUAUGUGUGGAUAGAAAACACUGUGACGUUUCUAAAACUGGUUAAAUCACAGAAUAUAUAACUAUAACAGAACGUGCGUUUCAUCGAAAAGCGCAAGAAAAUCUGAUCACUGAAAACUGGAAAAUAUAUCAAUGCGCCACUUGCAUGUAUUGUUGAAUGGAAACUUGUUUUGGAUGAGAAAUAUCCGGACAUGAUUUGAAGACGUGGAGCUAUUGAAUACACAUCGCCCCGUGAUCAAUUUGAUAGAUUAUUAACGUUUACUAAUACCUAAAGUUGCAUUACAAAAGUAUUUCUAAGUGUUUUGUGAAAGUUUAUCGUCGACUUUUUUCAUUUAAAAAAAUUACGUUGCGUUUUAAAACGCUGUUUUUUCCUUGAUCACACAGUCUUCAUAGAUCGAUAUCUAGGCUAUAUAUGGACCGAUUUAAUCGAAAAAAAGACUCAAUAGUGAUGUUUAUGGGAUAUCUUGGAGUGCCAACAAAGAAGAUCGUCAAAUGUAAUGAAUGUUUUAUAUUUUAUUUCUGCGUUUUGUGUAGCGCCGACUAUGCUAAUUAUUUUGUUUGCGUCCCCUUCGGGUCUUUUGGGGUGUUGCAUGCUAUCAGAUAAUAGCUUCUCAUGCUUUCGCCGAAAAGCAUUUUAAAAAUCUGACUUGUUGGCUGGAUUCACAACGAGUGUAGCUUUAAUUCAGUACCCUGCAUGUGUGUUUUAAUGAAUGUUUGAGUUUUAACGAGUGCAAUUAGCAUUUAGCGUAGCGCAUUUGCAUUUCCAGAUGUCUAAAUGGGACGCAUGCGUGCCGGGUCGACGUAAGAGGUUAACAAAAAGCUAAGCUUGUGAGCCAAUAUAUUUAUUUCAUUUCAUUUGCGAUUUUCAUGAAUAGUUAACGUUGCGUUAUGGUAAUGAGCUUGAGGCUAUGAUUACGCUCCCAGCAUACAUCUGGUAAGUAAAUAGGCCAUCUCAACAUUAUAUAUGCUAUUUGCACAUGGUUCACUGACUUUUGGGUUUGGAAGCCAACUUCCUAUGAUCAUAUAUGUAUGGCAAAUGGCCAUAACAUCCCGAUUUAGUACUUUCAAUGCUUAUGUAUGCCAUUUGGACAUUUCCUAUGGCAUUUGGACAUGGUUUAUUUACUUUUGGGUUCGGAAGCCGACUUCCUAUUGGGCAUAUAUGGCAAAUGGACAUAAAAUCCUGAUUUAGUACUUUCAAUACUUAUAUAUGUCACUUGUGGGCGGCAGGUAGCCUAGUGGUUAGAGCAUUGGGCCAGUAACUGACUUGCUGUGAUCACAUAUGCCUUAUGGACAAACAAGCACACAAUCUGUGUACAUACAGUUCCUACAUAUGUAUAAUUGACAAAAAAAUAUAUUUUUUUGUGUCCAAAACGCACCUUUUACGAGGUUUAACAUUUUUUUUUUUUAAAUCUGAUUUUGAAGAUUUCACCCUUGAGACCUGAAUUUCUGACCAUUUCCCAUAUAGAAUCCUGCGGUGGAGCGCGCUUGCCCCCUUUGGGAUUUUUGGUUAAUUACACCCGACAUUUGCCAUGGUCCACAUGCAAUAUGUUUUGGACCAAUUGCCCCCCAAUUGAGUGGUAUUUGCGAUUGUGUAUAUGUUUUGCCCAAUACCAAUAAGUAUAAUUAGAAUUGAACUUCACCAAGCCAGAGGGCCUCACAAGGCAUCACCUGCAUUCUAGUCCCUCGUUUUACACAUUAACCUCACCAGUCCUACUAUAAUCAACCCAGUACCACGGAUCUGAACUUUUGGUUGCCCGCAACUGGCUAAUUAACAAUUAUGUCCAAGGAUAUCUCACUUAAGAACACUGUUAUCAACUCAACUCAGUCCUGCUAGUUACCUCAGCUGUGGCCCUCUUAAGGAAAACCUUGCUCUAGGAGUACCCUCAACAGGGGCUUUUGUUAAUUAUUAAUUUAAAAUAUAUACAUUUUCAUCUCUUAUUGAUAGAUUAGAUUGUCCAAGCUCACCUCUCUCAGUACUAUGUUCCCUGCCAGAUGAACUCAUUACCCAACAUUGGAAGAAUUUGGGCAAGAUGCCCGGACACAACACAGACAUACGAGCCUGUCUGCUUCGCCUGCCCAACCACUUAAGACAAUGAGAAAAGGAACUUUAGAGGGUGAGAUAGAGGUUGGGGUCCAAUUUAAUUUAUAAUUCCAAAUUAGAUUCCGGAAAUCAAGCAGGAAGUGGAGAAUUUACUUGGAAUUGAAUUGAUAUUGCAGCAAUUUUCAGAAAACGGAAUUGCAAUUAAUUUGGAAUUUAGGCUGUCUGACCUGGGAUUUAAUUGACAUUGAAGGAGAAAAUCAUCCUUGGAAUAGAAUUGGAAUUUGUGGAAUUGAUCCCAAACCUUGUUAUGACUAUACAACACAACAACACAGAGGAGCUUGGCUGCCAUUAAUCUACAGGUGAGAGAAAAUGUAUUGUAUGCCAGAAAUUAGUCUGAUUCUUUAUCACUGAUAUAAUUUUUUGACUGAAAAUGGUAAAGAUGUGUGUUGAUAUUAUUAAAUACCUUAUGACCUUACAAAUAGCCUGAUUUGCAUUCAGAAGUAAAUACUGUACACUGUAAUAUUAUUCUGCUUAUGUAAUUGUAGGCAUUUGCUAGUUCUUAAACUCGUUCUCACAGUGAUGAAAUCAUGAACAGAAUUUGGAAAAGCCAAAAUUUGGAAACAAAUGAAAGU